UCUGGAUUCUUGGAGAGCACAUGGUCCACACCUUGCCAUCUCGGCAUUUCCUCUCUCCUCCUUCCAAAAAUUUCAUUUUAUUCUCAUUAAACCCCACAAAAAAUCAAAUUUUUUCCACCCUUUCAAUUAUAUUUCCAUUGACUACAAAAUCUGAAAAUCACUCUGCUUGCCAUUCUUCAUCUUAUUUGCUGCAAUGGCUCAGUUGCUGUAUCCGGUGUGCACGGACGCUCUCAGAUUCCAAAACCCAUUUCAGAAUUUAUGCUCAAGAAGUAGAUGGCGCAUGCUAGCCAGCACCAGUGUCGGUUGGGGCAUGACGGGUCAUGGCGGCCAGCGAAAGGGUUUUGGCAGAGUCCGGGUUGCGACGGGGGACUCGCGGACGUCCGAGGCGGUUGCCGAUGAUUACUAUUCGGUUUUGGGUCUGCUUCCGGAUGCCACACCAGAGCAGAUAAAGAAAGCUUAUUACAAUUGCAUGAAAGCUUGCCAUCCAGACUUGAGUGGUAAUGAUCCAGACACCACAAAUUUCUGUAUGUUCAUCAAUGAUGUUUAUGAGGUUCUCAGUGAUCCUGUGCAGCGCAUGGUUUAUGAUGAGAUUCAUGGUUUUGCUUUGACUGCAAUCAAUCCUUUCUUGGAUGAUUCCUGCCCUAAGGAUCAUGCAUUUGUUGACGAGUUUAGCUGCAUAGGCUGUAAGAAUUGUGCCAGUGUAGCCCCAGAUGUAUUUGGCAUUGAGGAAGACUUCGGAAGAGCCAGAGUGUAUAGUCAGUCUGGGCGACCUGAACUAGUUCAACAAGCAAUUGAUAGUUGCCCAGUAGAUUGCAUCCAUUGGACUUCUGCCCCACAAUUGUCUUUGCUCGAAGAUGAAAUGCGAAGGGUAGAAAGAGUAAAUGUUGCACUGAUGCUUUCAGGCAUGGGAUCUGCUUCGGUGGAUGUUUUCCGAAUGGCAAGCUCUCGAUGGCAAAAGAGACAAUCUAAAAUCUUGGAAAAAGCCAAACUGAGGAUGAUGAAGCAGAAAGGUUCUGAUGACACUGAAUCAUAUUGGAGCAACAUAUGGGGCAGGCCCAGAGAGUACCAAAAUACAGAGGAGGACGUGAAAGAGAGAGCGCGAAAAGCUGCAGCAGCAGCUCGAAGAUGGAGAGAAUACUCAAGACGGGGUGCUGAUAAAGCUCCCACCUUUAAACUUCCAGAGGCUGUGUCAGACAAGGAAAACUGAAGCUUAAAUUCCGAGACUCUCCGUUUUCCAUUAUCAAGCGCAUAUCAUGUAUAUAAAGACUCUUUACUAAAGACGGGCCAUUAUUUAUUGGAAUGCAACAUAUUAUAGCUGCAUGUCUUAAUAAAUUCAUAAUUGUGUAACCGAGAUUAGUCCGAGUUUUGGAAUCAAGAAAUGAAAUAUGACUUACAUAGAAGCUA